AAGAGUGCGCAGCAAGACGGGAAAUUGCAAAAGACCUCACCCCUCUGCCCUCCCCCGCGGUUUUCCCGUAACUCCCGCCCCUCCGCGCUCGCCCCGCAGCUGAUUCAUAGCCCCGGCCCGGGCCGCCUCGGCACGUCCGCUCCGGCGUCCACACCGGCGCCCGCACCCGCGCCCCACCCGCCGCGGAGGACUCGGCCCGGCUCGCGGAGCCCUUCGCCCGCGGCAAAAGCAGAACUGAUGGCUCUAUCUGAAGUCUUUCAGACAACAUUCUUCUUGACAUUGCUGUCCUUGAGGACUUACCAGAGUGAAGUUUUGGCUGAACAUUUACCAUUGACUCCAGUAUCACUUAACGUUUCCAGCAAUUCUGCACAUCAGAGUUUGCAUUUACAAUGGACUGUCCAAAACCUUCUAUAUCAUCAGGAAUUGAAAAUGGUAUUUCAGAUCCAGAUCAGUAGAAUUGAAACAUCCAAUGUCAUCUGGGUGGGGAAUUAUAGCACGACUGUGAAGUGGAACCAGGUUUUGCAUUGGAGCUGGGAAUCUGAACUCCCUUUGGAAUGUGCAACACACUUUGUAAGAAUAAAGAGUGCAGUGGACGAUGCCAGGUUCCAUGAGCCAAAUUUCUGGAGCAACUGGAGUUCAUGGGAGGAAGUCAAUGGUAAGGAAACAGGCACUGAAAGGUUAAAGAAGUCAUGCAAGGCUACCACGCCACUAAGUGUACAAGAUUCUCUUGGACAGGAUAUAUUGUUCGUUUUCCCUAAAGAUAAACUGGUGGAAGAAGGUGCCAACGUCACCAUUUGCUAUGUUUCUAGAAACAUUCAAAAUAAUGUAUCUUGUUAUUGGGAAGGGAAACAGAUUUAUGGAGAACAACUUGAUCCACACGUAUCUGUAUUCCACUUAAGUAGUGUGCCUUUCAUUAGGAAAACAGGGGCAGAUGUGUAUUGUGAGGUGAGCCAAGGAAGUGUCUCUAAAGGCAUAAAAGGCAUCGUUCUCUUUGUCUCAAAAGUACUUGAGGAGCCCAAGGACUUUUCUUGUGAAACCCAGGACUUCAAGACUUUGCACUGUACUUGGGAUCCUGGGGUGGACACUGCCUUGGGUUGGUCUAAACAACCUUCCCAAAGCUACACUUUAUUUGAAUCAUUUUCUGGGGAAAAGAAACUUUGUACCCACAAAAACUGGUGUAAUUGGCAAAUAACUCAAGACUCACAAGAAACUUAUAACCUCACACUCAUAGCUGAAAAUUACCUAAGGAAGAGAAGUGUCAAUAUCCUUUUUAACCUGACUCAUCGAGUUUAUCCAAUGAAUCCUUUUAGUGUCAACUUUGAAAAUGUAAAUGCCACAAAUGCCAAAAUGACCUGGAAGGUGCACUCCAUGAAGAAGGAUUUCACAUAUUUGUGUCAGAUUGAACUCUAUGGUGAAGGAAAAAUGAUGCAACAGUACAAUGUUUCCAUCAAGGUGAAUGGUGAGUACUUCUUAAGUGAACUGGAACCUGCCACAGAGUAUAUGGCCCAAGUACGCUGUGCUGAUGCCAGCCACUUCCGGAAAUGGAGUCAGUGGAGUGGUCAGAACUUCACCACACUUGAAGCUGCUCCCUCAGAGGCCCCUGAUGUCUGGAGAAAUGUGAACUCAGAGCCAGGAAGUCACAUUGUGACCUUAUUCUGGAAGCCUUUAUCAAAAUGGCAUGCCAAAGGAAAGAUCCUGUUCUACAAUGUAGUUGUGGAAAAUCUAGACAAACUGUCCAGGCCAGAGCUCCACUCCGUUCCUGCACCGGCCAAAAUCACAAAACUAACUCUCGACCAGCGUUCCUACCGGAUCUGGGUCACAGCCAGCAACAGUGUGGGCACCUCUCCUGCUUCUGUAAUAGUUAUCUCGGCAGACCCUGAAAACCAAGAGGUUGAGGAAGAAAGAAUUGCAGACACAGAGGGUGGAUUUUCUCUGUCUUGGAAACCCCAACCUGGAGAUGUUGUAGGCUAUGUUGUGGACUGGUGUGACCAUCCCCAGUAUACACUCUGUGAUCUCCAGUGGAAGAAUGUAGGUCCCAAUGCCACAAGCACAGUCAUUAGCACAGAUGCGUUUAGGCCAGGAGUUCGAUACAACUUCAGAAUUUAUGGGUUAUCUACAAAAAGAAUUGCUUGUUUAUUAGAGAAGAAAACAGGAUACUCUCAGGAACUUGCUCCUUCAGACAACCCUCAUGUGCUGGUAGAUAAGUUGACAUCCCAUUCCUUCACUCUCAGUUGGAAAUAUUACUCUACUGAAUCUCAACCUGGUUUUAUACAAGGGUACCAUGUCUAUCUGAAAUCCAAGGCGAGGCAGUGCCAUCCACGAUUUGAAAAGGCAAUUCUUUCAGAUGGUUCAGAAUGUUGUAAAUACAAAAUUGACAACCCAGAAGAAAAGGCAUUGAUUGUGGACAACCUAAAGCCGAAAUCCUUUUAUGAGUUUUUCGUCACUCCAUUCACUAGUGCUGGUGAGGGCCCCAAUGCUACGUUCACGAAGGUCACCACUCCGGAUGAACACUCCUCGAUGCUGAUUUAUAUCCUACUGCCCAUGUUUUUCUGCUUCUUGCUCAUCAUGAUUGUGUGCUACUUGAAAAGUCAGUGGAUUAAGGAGACGUGUUACCCUGACAUCCCUGACCCUUACAAGAGCAGCAUCUUGUCAUUAAUAAAAUUCAAGGAGAAACCUCACCUAACAAUAAUGAAUGUCAGUGACUGUAUUCCAGAUGCUAUUGAAGUUGUAAGCAAGCCAGAAGGGACAAAGAUACAGUUUAGGAAGUCACUCACAGAAACCGAGUUGACUAAGCCUAACUACCUUUACCUCCUUCCAACAGAAAAGAAUUACUCUGGCCCUGGCCCCUUCAUCUGUUUUGAGAACUUGACCUAUAACCAGGCAGCUUCUGACUCUGGCUCUUGUGGCCACGUUCCAGUACCCCUGAAACUCCCCCCAAGUCAGCUGGGACUAAUGAUCUCACCUGAAAAUGUACAAAAGGCACUAGAAAAAAACUACAUGAACUCCCUGGGAGAAAUCUCAGCUGGAGAAACAAGUUUGAAUUAUGUGUCCCAGUUGGCUUUACCCAUGUCUGGAGACAAGGACAGUCUCCCAACAAAUCCAGUAGAGCCACCACACUGUUCAGAGUAUAAAAGGCAAAUGGCAGUACCCCUGUGUCUUGCCUCGCCUUCCCCGACCGAGAAUACCAGCCUCUCCUCGAUUACCCUUUUAAAUCCAGGUGAACACUACCAUUAACCAGCAUGCCAAUUGCAUACUUCAUGCUACACAGACAUUAAGAGGAGCAGAGUUGCCACCCUCUCAUCACCGGUGGCCUUGGUCCUUAAUCCCAUUACAAUUUGCAGUCUGGUUUAUAUAAGAGCACUACAGUCUGGCUAGGUUAAUGGCCAGAAGCUAUGGAAUGUAAUACUCCCUGUUGGAGGAGGCUUGCCCUAGAAAUGGCAGGAUCAUGGGAGCAUGCUUACCUUGCUGCUGUUUGUUCCAGGCUCACCUUUAGAACGAGAGACUUGAGCUUGACAUACGGAAAUGCAUUAACCACUCCACAGACCCCCACUCAGUACUGUACAGGAUGGCUAUGGUCCUGUAAGGUUACUGAGGAAAUAUUUCUGUUAGAAACAAUUAUUAUUAUUUUAUUGAAGACUGAAGGCUUCAAUAAAAGCCACAGGAGACUUAUUACUACAGCAUAAAUUGUCAAUGUAAAUUUACUGAGUGUGUUUAAU